GUAUAAUUUCCAAAAUUUAACUGUUAAGUAGUAAGGACGCAUUAAAAAGAGACUUUUAAGUUUAGGUUAGGGUUUGAGCGUGGCGCUAGCGCAGUGAGUAGCGAUUUUCACAACAUUUCUCUGAUUCCUACUCAUCACUUGCAAUCAUGGGGAAAACACGUGGAAUGGGAGCUGCUCGCAAGUUGAAGUCCCACCGUAGAAGGCAGAGGUGGGCUGACAAGUCCUACAAGAAAUCACAUCUUGGAAAUGAAUGGAAGAAGCCAUUUGCUGGGUCAUCUCAUGCCAAAGGAAUUGUUCUUGAAAAGAUUGGAAUUGAGGCUAAGCAGCCUAACUCUGCUAUUAGAAAAUGUGCUCGAGUACAGUUAAUCAAAAAUGGAAAGAAGAUUGCAGCUUUUGUUCCAAAUGAUGGUUGCUUGAACUACAUCGAAGAAAAUGAUGAAGUGCUUAUUGCUGGUUUUGGCCGAAAAGGGCAUGCCGUCGGAGAUAUUCCUGGAGUCCGAUUUAAGGUCGUGAAGGUAUCAGGAGUAUCUCUUCUUGCACUCUUCAAAGAGAAGAAGGAGAAGCCUAGGUCUUAAAUUAUUUAUAUGAAGAGUUACUAUUUGGUUUUUUAUGGUUUUCAAUUGUAGAAUAUUGGAGAAGUCCAACAUGGUUCUCUUCUCUAUAUCAUUUUGACUAUAGUUACUCCAAGUGUUUCAUGGAACUAGAACCUGCGAUGUUUCAAUUUAAUGUGUACCGUGGACAUGCAAAAAAUCAUGUUUAUUUGUUUGUUAGUUUAUUGAACGUUAUUUAGAGUACAUCUUAUUUAUCGUAGUAAUUUUCCAUUAGGGUGCCCAAUUA